GUCAUUUGUGCGAGACAAGCCAUUCAUCCAUCCAGUUCACAGCCAAAAAAAGGCUGGUCCCAGAAAUUAGCAGUUUCAGCUCAGCAGCAAAGUCGUCGGGCUGUGAAGGCAGAGAGAAAUUGACUAAUUAGCAAUGCGCACUAAAACUUGACGGUUCUCUCUAUAACAGCGAGGGAAAGAGUCGGGGUUUUUUUCUCCCCCCUUUUCUCUUUUCUUUCUUCCAAAGAUGUUUGAAAUCGCAGUCAUUUACGCUCGACAGUUUUUACAAUAGCCUUGAGCCAUAAUUUUGCGAGUCUCUCCAGCAUCCAUACCCCUGCAUGGUCUCUCUCCACCGGCCAUGCACGACCGUUUCUCUCCCCAACCGUGGAUUUCCUAUUACUCUCGUUACGACUCACUGAGCCCCAGGCCCAAGGAUAAUGAUGUGUUGUUUCUUGGUAGCAUAAUUUGUCACACGUAUAUUUCUUCUUCUUCUUCUUCUCUUGCAGAAAGCACAGCUCCCUCUCACACACUCACACACUUCUUGUUAAUUCAGAAGAACAAAUGAUCAACGUCAACAAAUACCCUGAAAUAGUGACUUUGUGAGUUGGAACCAAUGGUUAUUUGGAGACACCUCGGAACAAAGAGUUUAAAGGAAAGGGAUAUUCUUUAAAAAAAAACAAAAAAACCCAGAAGAACAAAGGAAUAUUGUGGAGAUAUUUGGAUUCUGAACCGUACUUUCUUUCUCUCUUUUUUUUGGCGUGAAGAGCAGAAGUCAGGUGGCGUUCACAAUCAGGAAGUCAUGUCCAGAUCGGGUGAUCGAACAUCCACCUUUGACCCAACGCACAGUGACACCUUGCUGCAUGGGCUCAACCUCCUGUGGAGAAAGCAGCUUUUCUGUGAUGUGACUCUAACUGCCCAGGGACAGCAGUUUCACUGCCACAAAGCUGUGUUGGCAUCCUGCUCACAGUAUUUCAGAUCCCUCUUCUCCUCCCAUAAUGUGAUUAGCAAUGAGGGAAGCAAGGGGGAUCAGGGCAGCAGUGGGACCCCCUCGUCCUCCCCAGACGACAAGCUGGUGACCACCAGUGCCAGGCCCAUCAACAACCUGGUCCUGCAGGGCUGCUCCUCCAUCGGACUACGGCUAGUGCUGGAGUACCUCUACACUGCCAAUGUUACUCUUUCCCUGGACACAGUGGAAGAGGUGCUGUCAGUCAGCAAGAUCCUCAACAUCCCCCAGAUAACCAAGCUAAGUGUGCAGUUCCUCAAUGAUCAGAUCUCUGUGCAGAACUACAAGCAAAUCUGCAAGAUUGCUGCACUGCACGGGCUCGACGAGACCAAGAAGCUGGCCAACAAGUACCUGGUGGAGGAUGUACUGCUGCUGAACUUUGAGGAGAUGUGUGCCAUGCUGGACGCUCUGCCUCCGCCAGUGGAGUCAGAGCUGGCUCUCUUCCAGAUGUCUGUCCUCUGGCUGGAGCAUGACCGGGAGACGCGCAUGCACUACGCUCCGGACCUCAUGAAGAGGCUGCGCUUUGCCCUCAUACCCGCCCCAGAGCUCGUGGAGAGGGUGCAGUCUGUGGACUUCAUGAGGAGUGACCCCGUGUGCCAGAAACUGCUGCUGGAUGCCAUGAACUACCACCUGAUGCCAUUCAGACAGCACUGCAGGCAGACCAUGGCAAGCAGAAUCCGUUCCAAUAAGCGAAUGCUGCUCCUGGUGGGUGGUUUGCCUCCUGGACCCGAUCGUCUUCCCAGCAAUUUGGUCCAGUACUAUGACGACGAGAAAAAGACAUGGAAGAUCCUCACAAUAAUGCCUUACAACAGCGCUCAUCACUGCGUGGUGGAGGUGGAGAACUUCCUGCUGCUGCUGGGUGGGGAGGACCAGUGGAACCCAAACGGGAAGCACAGUACUAAUUUCGUCAGCCGCUAUGACCCCAGAUUCAACAGCUGGAUUCAGCUGCCUCCCAUGCAGGAAAGGAGAGCCAGUUUCUUUGCCUGCCGCCUGGACAAGCACCUGUACGUAAUCGGAGGUCGGAACGAGACGGGCUACCUCUCCAGCGUGGAGUCCUACAACCUGGAGACGAACGAGUGGAAUUACGUGUCAUCUCUGCCACAGCCUUUAGCUGCACAUGCAGGAGCGGUGCAUAAUGGCAAGAUCUACAUAUCAGGUGGAGUGCAUAAUGGCGAGUAUGUGUCCUGGCUCUACUGCUAUGACCCCGUAAUGGAUGUUUGGGCUAGAAAACAGGACAUGAACACAAAGCGCGCCAUUCACGUCCUGGCUGGGAUGAACGAUCGUCUGUAUGCCAUCGGUGGAAACCAUUUGAAAGGUUUCUCCCAUCUAGAUGUUAUGUUGGUCGAGUGUUACGACCCAAAAGCUGACCAGUGGAACAUCCUCCAGACACCGAUACUCGAGGGCCGCAGUGGUCCGGGCUGCGCCGUGUUGGAUGAUAGCAUCUUCCUCGUGGGUGGCUACAGCUGGAGCAUGGGCGCCUACAAGUCUUCGACCAUCUGCUACAGCCCAGAGAAGGGAACGUGGACGGAGCUGGAGGGAGAGGUGGCGGAGCCUUUGGCAGGCCCGGCCUGCUCCACGGUCAUCCUACCCGCCUGCCUUCCUUUCAACAAAUGACAACUAAUCCAGCCAAUGGGCGGUGAGGGGGACGAGCAGCAGCAGGGCGACUGGGGGGAGGACCACCAAUAAGCAAAACAUUUGUCAAGAAUUUUGUGACAAAAAAAAAAAAACUCUCCAGCUUUAGCCCGGUUGUGGUGUAAAAGUUAUUUUUUUACAGGUUUGACAAGAGCACUUUCAUUAUUCUCUACUGAUGGAUUGAGAGGGGGGAGAGGAUGAGGUAACUCAUGUAUCUAAAAUGAAUCAUCUGUUCUGAGAAAUAGUCUGUCCCAUACUUGAUUUUAUUUAUUUAAAACAGUUUGCAAGUGUUUUUGGCUUCUCUUCCAUCGCACGCAUAGUGUCGAGCUGAAUUAUAGCAUUUCAGAUCCAUUGUACCUUGUAGUCAGUAGAGGCAUCGUCACCAGAUUACGUUUUGAGGAGGCUCGGUGAAUUAAAAGUGUAUAAAUAUUCAAAGGUUAUGUUUGUACUCAUUGCUCUCUGUCCGGGUUGUUCACUUGCGUAACAAAUACGUUGUCUCUUUAGGAAAAUGUACAUAUUUGAGCAUCUGAAAGGGACAUUUCCAGAAAACUGUUGGCAAACAGAAAGAGUGAACUAAAGAGCUGCUCCAAGUUGGUAUUUUAACUUGUCUUGAUAAUGUACAUUUAAACUGAAUAUUUUUUUUUUUUACAAGUUAAUUCUUGCCAGACGUUUGUGGCGACUAGUCUUGAUGCCACAACAAAGCUGCUUAGGAAUCAUGAUUGAUGACUCAUAUUAUAUUGACACUAAUAUUAUUCAAUGUUGGUACAAUCAAUUUGGAAUUGCUAACCAGUAUAAUUUUCUGGGUAAAUGUAUGUGGAGGAUAUUUGGGGUGUUCAUUCUCGAAGUUCACAGAUGCAGGUCUGUUUAUGAGACCACAUGGUUUAAUUGUUUAAUGUAAUUAAGAAAACAAGAGAGCACACAGUGGUCUUUGAUGCACUUUCAACUCAGCAAAAUUCACUGAUUUGUACAUUAAAUCAAUGUGCCGUGUUUAAGAGAUAUCUUCUGUGCAAAUGAAUCCAGUCUUGUCAACGUUAUUAGGUUGAAUAAAAUUGACUCUAAAUAUUGAUGCCGUUGAAUUCUGUAAUAA